CAGUGCUGCUAUUCGUGUUUUUGAAUCAAACGCGGUGGAUGGUAGUUCAAUACAAGAUUUGUUUACCCUGUCCUCGUCUCUGUUAAAACGCUGGUUGAAGUUAGCUGGUAAAAUUUAAAAGUUGUAAACAUAGUUUUCCGAGAACUUCAGAGUAAUGGCUUCCAGGAGUUCAAGUUCCACAGGGGAAGGCUUGCUCUCCAGCCGAUCCAGCGAGCGUACCCCUCUGAGAAGUCUGGACAAUGAGAUUCUGCACUUGUCGACUCCCUCAUCGAAGUUCAGAUCAAAAUCACAGAUCAGUAGCGAUGCUGGCAAAAUGACGAUGGGUGAUUUUCCACUGAGUGAACAAGAACCCCAGCUGUACUCUUCUCCAUCCACCAAAAUGAUACAAACCAAUCUUCCAAAAACUGAUACAACAACUACUCAGAUUGCUUGUGGACUUUCAGAUAUAACAUUUAAAUCCUUCACUUGUGCUGGUGGUGAAGUUGAGAUAUUAGGCUCUUUACUGCAUGCAGAGGAGAGUCUUAUUUUAUCUACGGACCAGGGUACAUCUAACACUGAAUCUGAAGAUGGCAUCAUCUCUGACAGUGUGAUAAUGGAGUCAUGCUCUGAUCACAUCGAACAUCCCUAUCAUGUUCUCGAGAAGAGUGACACUUACACUGUUAACAUCAGCGCAGCACUUCCAUGUGAAACUGACAGCACUACACCGGCUUCUUGUGAUCUGGAAAACAAACAAGCCACCGAAGAAUCAACAGCUUUUCAGAGUGACUGCAGUGGAAAGGCAGAUCUCACUUGGAAAUCCUUCCUUCGUGAUGUAGGUGAGGUGGAAGUUUCAGAUGCCACCAGAUUACACAACGAAACCAUUCCUCUGCCCAAAGAAGAGCUUGGUGCUCCUCUAGAGUAUGACAGUAUAAAUUUGACUAACUGCUUCGGUGACUUUGACCAGCAGUGUCAAGAGGAACAUGCUGAUCAUCCAUACUGUAGCCAUGCUGGUGGUGUUGAUCCUGUCAUUGAGGCUUUAUCUGAGACAACACGUGGUUCAGAAAAACGUGCUAAUGGACUGACCUUUAAAUCACUGAACUGCACUGGAGGAGAGAUUGAAAUUCCAAGAGAAGAGUCUGUUGUUCAACCAGCCAACCAUACUGUUAGCAGCAGUGAGACACAUGGCUAUGCCAUAGAUUCAACUGAAAUAGCUGGUGACUGUGAUUUACAAAAUGAUAAUACAAUUGGUCACUUUGAUCAUCCAGACAGCACUGAGGAUGUAAUCGCCAGACACUACAGUGGUAGCCCAGUGGUAUCUGAUAGCCAGGCUGGGAGCCAAGGUGGUGUCACAGCUGAUUGUUGUAUUCCAGCUGAAGAUGAAAAAUUAGAUGAGGCCCAAUUUCCCAAGAAGAAGACAUCCCUUCUGCAUGAGGACCAGAUAGUUUUCACCGAGGGGACAGAUUACAAUCUGUUCACUUCCAUCACACAUGAUUAUUGUCAAGAUGCCUUUGAAGAUGCUAACAGCCAACAGAACAAUGGUGAAGCUGUGGUAGCUACUGACCCAUCAGCUGUUAGCAGAUCUCUGGUGGCUAAUGGAUCUUUAAAAGCUUUGGAUAGUGAAACUGUAAAAUGCAAAGGGCAAGAAAUGCUUAACUGUACCGUGAAUCCUGCUGACAGUGCAUUGCCUCUCGUGGUUCAGAAUACUCAGAUUUCUGACUGCAGUCAACUUGCAGGUUCAGCAGAGAGCCCUUCAGCUGUGGAAGCGCAACAGCAAGACCAAGAGGAGCAUGUCUCUGAAGUGAACUCCACCAGAGGACCCGCUGAAUCCAGUGAGGAAAAAGACAGUGCCAUUGGCUCAUCUGGAAAUGCACCUGCUCUUUGCAACUGUGCAGAAAAAUCUCAUGCAGAGAACCUUACUGAUGUACUGAAAGCGCUGUCGGAGUGUCCCUCGGUUGCCUCAGCUUUGCAGUUGGGAAUGUUUAGUCCCGUUAGGAGAGCUUCUCUGUCUUUUUUAAAGACUUGUGGGGAUCCUGCUCAAGGCAAGUUUGCAGCUGAUGACUCUGCUAUUGAGGGUGAGAAAACAUUGUUUGCUCCUCUUAAUGCUGACCAUGCUGGGUUGUGGGCGCAGCAACUGGAAAGCCCAAUGCCUCAUCCUCUGUUAAACUCCACAGCCUUGGGUCAGAAUCCUGGUCUGAGCCCACUCAGGGAGCCAGUUAAGGAUUUGGGACAGAAAGUCUCUGCAGAGCCUCAGACUGAAGCUGAGAAACCACUGCUGAAUUUCCCACUGAUUUCCGAUGGUCCGUUUCAGCAGCAGCUUCGACAAAUGGCAGAGUUCCUCAUGAUGGCGUCUGGAAAGAUGGGCCCUGCUGCUGUCUCUGCUCCUGCUCCACCUCCUGCCCCUCCAGCCAAAGCUACUCCUGUAAAGUCUCACAGUGUCUGUGUGGGCAGUAGUCCUGUGAAACUGGUUGACCACAGCCUCAAUACUUCUGGCCUGUUUGAGAGGAAGAGAGAAUUCUCUGUGGCUGAUUCCUGCACUAUGACUGACCCGCUCCUCUGGAAUUUACCUCCAGGCAGCCUGGAGUCCCUCCCAAAACAGGAGCUGGAACAGAGGUUAAUGUCUAGCAUGACGAUGGUUGAGGCCCUGCUGCAACAGCUGACUGCAGCGAGGGCACAAGGACGUCCGCUUGCAGGCCCUGCUCCUUCAGACCUCCGGGAGAAACUCGUGCAGACAGACCACACCGAACUCAGUCAGACCACAAUGUAUAGAGACCUGUAUGUGGAAGCUUUGAGUCGGAUUGGGGAGUUGGAGCUUGAUGGGAGUUCUCUACAAAACCUUAUCCAGAGUCUGCAAGACAUGAAGGUCACCAUGACUUCUGUCAGAAGUGACACAGACGCUGCUCUCUCUAACAUGAAUGAAAUUGGUGACAUAGUCAGAGAGGACCAUCAAAGCCUCAUUUCACAUUAUGGGCACAUGAAGUCUCUACUUGAGAAAUCAAAGGACAUACAGAGCAGGAUGAUGCAGAAGGUCAAAGAAGCUCUUCAUCAGAGAAAUGACAUGAGGACUCAAAUGGAAGAAGCCUUCACAGCAAAGGAGGCAGCUUUCAGUGCGAUGGAACAGCUGAGGACGCACUGUGCCACAGAAAUUUCACUUCUGGAGAAGAGUGUGGGGUCUCAGCAAGAGCUGCUGGCCGCCCUAAACCAGAGCUAUCCAGAACUGGUUGGGUUAAACAAGGCUUAUAAUGCAACCCUGGACUCUGCUUCAGAUCUUUUGUCUGAAACCAUGGAUGAACAGUCCGCUUUGAUGAAAGAGCUCUUCAUGGUCAGGAGCCUUCUGCACAAAACGGCUCCCAUGCUCCUGAAGCUGAACGAGAAAGCUGCUGCUGCUUUGAGAGAGAGAGAUGAGCACAUUUCUGCAAGAGACCAAGCUGUUGAAGAGCGAGAGCAGAUUGAAGAAGAACUGAAUGAAACUCAUUCAAAUUUCCAAGCUGCCAGGGAGCAGAUUGGAGAUUUAAAUCUGCAGGUGACAAUUCUGACAUCAGAGAUGGGUGUACUGCGAGAGAAGUUGACUGAAAAAGAAGAAGAGACGGGUCAGCUAGAGAGGAAGGUGACGGAGCUGUCUGCUACAGUUUCCUCCACGCUGGCAUCCUACACUUUCUUGGAGCAGGCCCUGGCUGCUGAGACUACAAAGUUGCAGGAGUCGUGGAAAGACAAACAAGAGGCUAAAGAUCGAGCAAAUGACUUGGAGGCAUCACUGGGUCAGUCGGAGCAGCGGGUGUGCGAGUUGAGUCGGGCUCUGGCUCAGAGUGAGGAGCAGCUCAGUCAGCUGCAGUCCCUCUCACAGUCUCAGAGUCUGCAGAUCCAGCAGCUCCAGGAUGUCUGCACACAGCUCAGUGGCGUGCGGGAAAUGAACGAGUUCCUACAGAUGGAAAACGAGUUGGCGAGGGAGCAGAUGGCAGAAAGUGAGCGUAUGCUGAGGGAAAACCUGCAGAGCCUUCGGGAGAGGAACAUCCAGUGUGAGGACCUGAAGAAAGAAGUUUGUCAACUUAAGCUUGAGAACGGGAAUUUGCAGGAAGAACUAAAAGCCACGAGGUCCAGAGCCAGGACAGCAAACCUGGAGCUUGAAGAGAAGAUGGCUCAGGCGGUCACGGAAAUCACUUUGCUGCAUCACACACUGAGGGGACUGACCAACAAGCUCCAUGAUGAACUUGAUGAAAAGAAACCACAGAUGUGUGAAGAGUCUCAGUCAGUCCACAGCGUGGAGCGUUGUGCCUCCUUUGUCGACAGCAUCAUGGUGGCAUCAACUGCCGAGAGAGAGGAAGAGGUCAAAGCAGACACUCCUGCUGAAACAGUCCCUUCAGACACUCUCGAGCCACAGCGUGAAGCUUUGUUCAGUGGGACGAGCGCCUUCACCCGCAUCGCAGCCAUCACUCCUAAAAAGAAUAUGAGCACAGUCGAGAUUCAACCAGAGGAAGAGGAGCAGAGCCACCUGGCGGAGCUGCUUACUGGCCUGGGCAGCACCGUCACCGAGCUCGUCAGCACUCUGAAGCUGGUGCAGCAGCGCAGAGACGCUCAGCUGGAGGAGCUGCAUGGCCAAAUCUGUGGCCUGCAGGUGGAGCAGCGUGCUGCAAAGAACGGACAUAAAGCUGAGGUUUUUGAGCUCAAGCAUCAACUCAGCCGUCUGAGUCAGCUGGUCGAGAAGGCAAAUCAGGCUCUGCAGCAGAAAACUCAGGAUGAGAAAACGCUGGCUAAGUUGAUAGUUGAAGUGCAAGACACACAGGAAAUCCUAAAUAAACAGAAGACUGACAAUAAUGAAUUGAGAAGGGAAAUCACUGAGCUUCGUCGCGCUCUCCAGCAGUCGAAGGUGGAGUCUGAAUUCCUUCGGGAUGAACUGAGGAAAGCUGGCGGCCAGUCGACUAAACCGGAGCAUUUCAUGGAAGAGAACAUCAAGUCAUUGAAAGAGGUGGAGAGACUGAAGGCCAGUCUUCAAGAAGCUGAGCAGGCCAAAGUAAAAAUUCUUGAAAGGGCAAAGAGACAUCAAAUCAUCUAUCAGAGCAACCAGCAGAAAAGUGAGAACGAGCUUCAGAUAUUAAACAACAUGAUCAACAGAGUUCGGGAGACCUUGCUGUCGUUGCCGGCAGUUGUGAAGAACUGUGAACAGCUCCAGCAGCUCGUAGAAUACAUUGGCUGAUGUGUUUAUUUCCCUCGUGUGUGUUUAUUCAUGUUUUAGCUUGUCUGCCUUCUAAAUGUUUGUAUUUUUG